AUGGCCGAAGUGGGACUCCCCAUGAAUGCGGAAAUAAAUAAAAAUACCGAUAACCAUGUUGCUGGGAAAAGUGUUAAUGCUACAAUGGAAACUGUCGCAACAACUUUUGUUUCCGUCGAGCUGCCUGCACACAAGGCUGCGUACAAAGGUGAUAUUAAAGCGUUGCCAAGCAUCUUUGAGAAAGGGACGGUGACGAUGUUUGACGCCAAUGGCAAUACCCCCUUACAUAUUGCCGCACAGUCGGGAAAUGAAGACUGCCUUCGAUGGUUGUUGGAUCAUACGUAUAUACCAAUACGAGCCAAAAACAAACAAGAAGACACGCCUGCACAUCUCGCGGCUUGUCAUGGGAAUCUCGCGUGUUUAUCGAUGCUCUUCACGCAAGACACGAAUGCGCUGGACGCCGCCUGUGAUCGCAACGCUGAUCGCAUGACGUCACUUCAUUUAGCGGCUCUACAUGGCCAAGUUGCCGUGGCAACGUGGCUAUUGACGGAAUUUAAAGGAACUAUCGCAGGAAUGAAAACUGUAAGUGGACUUACCGUUCUGCACAUAGCAGCGGAAAGAGGACAUUUAGAACUGGUCAAAAUGGUGACGAAAAUGAUGCCCAAACUCGUGACCUCUAGGGAUAACAAAGGUCAAACACCUUUACACUAUGCAGCACGGAGUGGCCGACUGCCAUGCAUUAAAUUUAUGGCCGAUCACGGCGUUUUGAAUCCGCGAAGUCUGCGCAGUCUUGCACGUGCCACACCCUUACAUGCAGCAUGUGUUGGGGGUAACUUGGAAACAGUUAAAUGGAUUGUGGGUAAAAUGGGAUUGCAGAUGAUGAAAGAUAAAAUGGACGGUGGGAUAACCCCUCUACAUAUUGUAGCAGGUCGAGGUCACGCAAACUGCUUGAAAUGGAUGCUGCAUCAACAGCCAUCUCCUGAGUUCCACGACGUCCCCGAUUCAAAUGGAAGGACGCCAUCAUAUUAUGCGGCAGAGAUGGGAAAGGCACAGACUCUCUCUUUGCUCAUCGUUGGUGGCGUAGACAUGCAUGCCACUGACAAGUUGGGUAACACGCCGUACACUAUAGCAGUGCAGGGAAGCGAUCAAGAAUGUUCCAAUUUAGCUCUGUCACUAACUGGAGGAAAGUUCAUUGACCCCAAAUUCGUGAAAAUAGCGACUGAAAAAAAUCGUGACAGGUCGAUCGUCAGUCCUGUUAUUAUGAUGAAAGCGAUGGACGACGAAACCAUUAAGAGAUUCAAAUCACUGGAUGGUAUCAGGGAUUCCAGGCGGAAAAGGAAAAAAGGUUUCUUCAAAUCCAGGACGUGGGGUCGAGAACAAAAGAAAAACGAGAAAACAGAGGGUAAAAAGAAGAGUGCCAGUAUGGGACAAUCAAUUGGAAAACAUAAAAACACAGCACCGAAAGUUGGAAAAAAGAGCACAGGAACGAGUACGACACAAACGGACUCAUCAUUACGGCCACUAGCACAGCUAUUCCAACCAACGAAUAAAGACCAUCAAAUUGUCAUGAGACAGCAACUAGCGAGUGCCAGUGAGUACAUAAAUAUGGAGAACUUCCCAACUCCAAAAUAUCAAGACAAAAGCGAACUAACGACAAAAACCCCCACAGAGCAAACGGAUGAGAGCACUGAAUGGGUACGUUCCCAGAUCAAGGACAAUUGGAUGUUGAAAGAAGACCAAACUCGUAAAGAAUUCGAUGUUAAAACUACGAAAGGUGAUGUAGCAAUUACGGAUACAGAUGCAUCGACACUCGGAGACAGUUUUAAAUGGGUUGACGAUCACGUAUUUGUUGAGAGUCUGUCAACACCGUCUGAAUCUGGAACUUUACAGACGACAGUUGAGUUACGAGAGCAGAUCGAACCAAAAACAACAACAAGUAGUAAUCACAACACGGAAAUGCCUCCUCCUGUUGUGACUGACAACAAACAAAUUAAUCCCGAUUUCAGCCCGCCCUCGUCACCGGACGAGAAAGAGGAUCGGAAAACAAUCUCAAUAGAAGUGAUGGUCCAUCGUAAUAACCACGAAUAUGCAAAAGAUCAAGUGAUGAUAUCCAAUACUUCUUUUCUCAUGCAGUCUCCAAAUGGAUAUAUAUCUCCACCACCACCGCCGCCGCCGCCACCACCUCCCCCUCCCCCUGCACCGAGUCAUAGUGCUGUCCCCGAACCCUUCAACGUGUAUCAAACUAACACAAGAGAGGAAGAAACAGGAGAAAAUAUUGAAAAAACAAAAAAGAGGGUUGCAUUUAAAGACAAUAUUGUGGAAGUAACGGAAGUGACGGAGGUGAAAGAAGUAAUACGAGUGGAAAGAAAGAAAUCUGCAUCGGAAACCGGAGUCUCAUAUUGGCGGAACAAACCCUAUUCAUCGGAAUCGGAGCACUUUGAGAUCAACUAG